CCGCUCUCCAUACUAAAUAGGAAACUGGACGUGAUGUGGAAUUAGAGCCUACCCAGCUGAAGCCACCCAACACUUACUACAAAUAUAGCCGCGAUGCGUAGGCCACAAAAUGGCUCCACUCACUUUUCCCAAUGAAAAGCAAAUGGAUUUAGCAGUUUUAUCCCGAUGCGGGUGUCCUUCCUCUCUGUAAAGUCGUAAGUACCUUGAGGUGGGAGGAGUAAAUUCAGCCUGACACUGAGAGCGCUUUUGUUGAAACAGGAGAGACUUGCGGUGUCCCUACUUAAAUAUGACACAUGACGAUGGACAGGCCGCCCGCCCCGCCGCCCCCCAGUGACCCCCGCGAUGCCCGCCCCCCCCGGCGGCACGACUCGGAAGCGGAGACCACGAGCGAGCCGGAGAGCAGCCGCGGGGGCAUGGAGGCGCCGGCGGACCCCCAGCUGCUGCUCAACGGGGCGUCCAAGGAGGCGGGCCGGCCCUCCCCCGGGCCCCCCGCCGCCCCCGUGCCCGUCAUCGAGCUGGUGCGCCGGGGGGGCUCCCUGGACAUAAAAAGCCGGGAGGCGGCGGGGGAGGCGAUGCAGAGAGCGCCGGGCGCCGAGCCGUGCCGCGCCGCUGAGGCCGCCUGCGAGGCCCGCAUGGUGCAGCUGAGCCCCCCCGCGCUCCCGCUGCAGCCCCCCGGCAGGGCCAUGCUCUACAACCUGGGCCAGCCGCUGGCCACCAUCAACAGCGGGUUUUUCGGCGAGCCCGACACCUUCUCCAUGUACGGCAGCAACCGGGUGAAGAGGAGACCCUCUCCCUACGAGAUGGAGAUCACCGACGGUCCUCAUACGAAAGUGGUUCGUCGCAUUUUUACCAAUAGCCGGGAGAGGUGGAGACAGCAGAAUGUCAACGGAGCCUUUGCAGAGCUUCGCAAGCUCAUCCCCACCCACCCGCCUGACAAAAAACUGAGCAAGAAUGAGAUUUUGCGCCUGGCUAUGAAAUACAUCAACUUCCUGGCCAAGCUGCUCAAUGACCAGGAGGAAGAAGGAAACCAAAGGGGCAAAGUGAACAAAGACUCUGGGAUAGUCCAGGAAGACCUCCUGCAGGACAUGUUGUCUCCUAACUCUAGCUGUGGAAGUUCUUUAGACGGAGCGGCGAGCCCGGACAGCUUCACGGAAGAGCACGAAACACUAGAUUCGAAGCACACGCGGAGCCUGCACCAUGCCAUUCUCCCCGUAGAAGGCAACGCGCAGCGGUGAUGACCUUCGGCGUCGCUCCCGAAGCACCGAGGGGGGAGGCGAGACCCGAGCAUGUGGAUGCUGGAACUUGUGCCCAUGGGAUUUGUGACUCUGCCUUUCUGCGGGGGCUCGGGCUCCCUGUCUUCCCCAGCCCAGGACGGAGCGGCUGGCACGUUGGCUGAGGACAAGACCAAACCAGAUGGACAUUCGGUAUUUAGGUACGUGAUCGUACAAAGAAGAAAAGCAUUGAAGUCAUCUUCAUUGUACAUACUGCUCAUGAUGUGACUCUGCGGAGAGGAAGGAGAUGCGGCCAGCCACCUCUUCAGUGUUUCGAGGGUUUUCACACCGUUCGACCACCAUCGCUUUUUAAACAGCUGCCUGGUUGAAAUGUGAAACUCCUCUUUCACUGCUGGUGGAGGCCAUGGAGGCCACCGACGCUUUCCAGCUCCACGUGGUGCUGGAGACUGCUGAAACCCACCAGCGCUGCAGCAUUUCUCCAGCCUGUGGCAUAUACAACGGGUCUGAGCAGGAGCUGGGGCCACGUGUUCCUGUUGUCUGAGAGCUUUUGACUGUAUCUUUUUAAAGAGGUGAAAAAAACACCCUCAGCAAAAGAACUAUUAAAAGCAUUAAGACUA